AGUUCGUGUUAAACCUGUAAGUUCAUGGAGUAAGGGAUCAGAGCUAUUAAUUCGCCUGGAACCCGCUUAAAAAAUCGAACUUGUUCACUCUCUUGUUUUUGUGUGGCCUUGCGACGUUCGUUCAUGUCUGCCAGCACAGGGUUCAAUUUUACACACUUCUCUGUAUUCCAAUUCCGUAUGGCAGCAUUGCAUUUUAUCCAACUUAGCCGUUUCCGGUGUAGGUGUUUGCAAAAUCAAAUUUGCAACUAAUUUCUAACUGCACGCUGGUCUCACCGAAAAUUCCAUUUUAUAAACAUUUUACCGUAAGUAGAAACUAAUAAGUAAAAUUGUCCGAAAAGGAGUUUUAUGAUAAAAAGGAGCAAUAGAGAUUAUGGGUAAAAACCUGAGUGCUUUACAGAAAAAAAAGAUUGGCACUUUUUAGAUGCUAGAAAAAAAGCAGUAAAAUUUAAAAUGUAACGUUUUUUCAUAUGAUAUUUUUCUUGAAUUUUAGCCAUUUCCGAGAUUAAAAUGUCUUUCAACUUUCAACCGAACAGUGAAAAAGAUAGUCAAUUACUUAUUUAUAAUAUGGAAAGCAUUUCUCAUGAGUUGAGUUCGUUGCUAAUUGGUGGCGAAUUAGACGGGUUUGGGGCAAUUAGAACUGUUGCAGCAACAACAAGCUGCAUAGCUGGAGCAAAAAACACAAACGGAGCAUGUGGUGUUACACAAUUAAAUAAUAAUUCAUUGUACAACGAAAUGGCAGCAACCGCAUCUACUUCAAGUGUCGCAUCCAGUCAAGAAAACAAGGAAUUAGAAAUGCUGCAUUUAUAUCGUCAAUAUUAUCACCAACAACAGUUGCAAUACCAGCACUUGCAGCAGCGGCAACACCAACAGAAAGUUCUGCAACAACAUUUCAAUGCCAUGCCAACUAUGUUUGCCACUGGCCACACCCCGAAUGCCGUCGCCGCAGCACAUUUAAAAUCUGCAAUGCCACAGGGUCUGAACGCCAAUAUGAACAACAAUUACGCUUCUGUACCGCCGUUAACAAAGCCAGUGCAAUACGAUUCCCAAUCAAAUGUUCGUAGCGUAACAAGUGGAGCAUCGCCAAAGCUCUCGUCGUCGCCGAAAUUUGAGUUUCACUUCUUACGUUGCCAGUCUAGCAACAUCCAUCCUGCUACCAAUACUGUGCCACUUAUUUCAAGUGCUGCCCGCAUUGAAAGUGAAGCAGACAAUUGUUUUGGAUUUAGUAGACGUAACAAUCGAGAUGGUGGUAACUGCAAUAGUGGCAGCGGCCAACGCAGAUUCCCCAAGCAAACUGAUUUUGGGAAGGAAGAAGAAAUUGAUUAUGACAAGAUUGUGGUAGAUUUAUCUGUGCUGGGUUUGUCGUUGGAUAACAAUGAACCUAAUCCGGUGCUGCGUUUGUUUAGUCUACUUCGUAAGAUGCAUUACUAUUUAAAUGAAGUCUUACCUACAAAUGGUACUACGGAAGACAGUGAGUUUCUUUCAGCUAACUUGCAGACAAAUACGCAGACAAAGUGCUCCAUGCCAUGUACCAUGAAUGUGCAAUAUCAAGUUAGGCAAGCAGCACGUAAAUGCACAAUAUUCUUAUGUGAUAUGCAACGCAUUUUGAACGCAAAUAAAACAUAUAGUCCCGAGUUGUAUAUGGAAUGUGAACAAUCGUUGAAUAUGAUGCGCAAAUUACUAACGCAAUUUGAGGCAUUUAAGCGAAUUGAAAUGGAACAUAAGCGUGGACAAUUUGUUACCGAAGAUGCUAAAGUUCAGACGCAGAAUUUGGAAAAGCUCGUAGUGCAGAUAAGCGAUCAGAUACGCGAAUCGCAUAUCUAUGUGCAUGCCUUCAAUUGGGCAGUGGAGCGUUCGAAGCGCUCGAUGAUAUAUAAUGCUAUGAAAGAACAGCAAGCUAUCUUAUCAAAUGCGAAUGAAUGGGCAACAAAUACAUCACAGACAGCCGCCAUGGCAAUGAAUACUACUGAAAACAUGGUAACUGAGAAUAAGACCGAUGUUGAAUAUAGCGGUAUUGCUGGAGAGUCUCUUGCUUACGAUAGAAGCUAUUGUUGUAAUGUGGGUGCAGUUACGGUCGCUGAAAAUGAAUCGGACAUUGAUCGUCAAUCGACACGCUAUAUUGGUUAUAAGUAAAGGAAGGACGGUUGCAUUAAAAUACGUACAUAUUUAAUUGAAAUAUAUUUAGUUUAAGUGUGUGUUAGGAUUAUAUAGGUAUUUUUUCAA